ACACUAUACUAUUAAACGCGAUGCAGACCGGUACAAGACCACCCUGAUUUUCAUUUGAUUUCCUACACCGUCCAAGUCCACCAGUCCAGCCUCCCUCAACCUUUCAAGUAGUGGGCUACCUCUAGGCUUGAGAUGGCCUAUGAUGCCACUCUAGGUGCUUUGGAAAUCGGCAUACUGAUAACAGGAGUUCUCUUUGGAGUCAUCACGGCGCAAGUCUACAUUCACCACCAGAGCUUUCCACAUGAGUCGAUAUGGAUUAAACAUGGGAUGGUGGACCUCAUGUGGGUGAUCGAACUCGGCCACACAAUAUGCGUAUUUCAUGCGAUUUACUUCUACACUGUUACCCACUUUGGUGACACAGACGUGAUCGGAGUCCUUCCCGUAUCAGUCGGCGCCGCCGUCGUUCUACAUGGUCUCGUCCUCCUCAUUGUGCAGGGGUUUUUCACUUAUCGCAUCGCUCUUUUCACCGGGAAACCUCACAUUAUUCCUACUUUGAGCGGUAUCCUGAUGUUUUGUCAAGUGUUGGCUGUCUACACGCUCAGUGCUCAGCUCAUUACAGUCGCCACCAAGAGUCUCAGAGACUUCAUGGAUAAAUGGGAGUGGUUAAUGUUCACCGUUCUCAUCUUGCGGGCAAUUGCGGAUGUGUUGAUCUCUGGCAGUCUUGUUUAUCAUCUGGUGCAUAGCCGAGAUGGAGCGUACAGAUCUACGGUUGCCAUUGUGGAUAAAUUGAUUCUAUGGUCAAUAGAAACGGGUAUUGUUACCAGCAUGCUCGGAAUUUUGUCCAUCAUCUUCUACUUGACCCUGAAGAAUACUUAUGCUUGGCUGGCCCUCCUGAUGUUACUUCCCAAAGUAUUCUCCAAUGCGAUGCUCGCCAACUGCGUAAUAUGUCUCGCUCUGAAGUGGAUUCGACAGGUGUUUUUGCCUUGGGCGCGUUUGCGGCAGUUCCAUUCGGACCUGUGAGCGUUGAUGUGCGUACGGAGAUAGAAUCGGAUGCUAGGGCUUCUACUUACGAGACAUCUUGGACGGAGAAUGCGUCUAGUACUGAACAUGCCGAUCAGAAAAAGCCUGAAUUGACAGUUUAGAAAAUUGCUCAUCAUCU